CGGGCCACUAAGCCUCGCUAUUCCGUUGAGUUUGAGUGUUAUUCGGAAGACGAAAUCGAAGAACAGUUGGCAAACCUUCUGGCCGCGUACCGGGGGUUCUACCUGGAGCCUGACGAGGCAGAGCCACCAAGACCGCGAGACCCCGACGCAGCGCGAAGGAGCCGGCACAUCUUCAAAUCGACCUUCAGGGACCAGCUCAACUCAGCCGAGGACGAAGAAUUCCUCUUGCAGGAGGAGGAGGAAGAUGUCCUGGACGUCUUCAUGACAUGGGUCCGCGCGAGGCAGAUACCGUCUGGCGUCCGCAAGGAUACCUUCGAGAGCUUGUCCGAGUGUCUGGAGCACGUAGCCAACUGGAAGCUCGAGACCGCGCCUUUCACCAAGCGAAUACUCUUGUCGGUCACCACUCGUCUCGGCUCACUUGUCACCGCACAGUUGCCAGUUGGUGGGCUCGACUGUAUCGAUGAGCGGGAUCUGGAUAACAUGCACGACGUGUUUGAGGAGAUGGCGCAGCUCGAUCUUGCCUGA